AUUAUAAAUGGAGUCUUCCUCCUCCCAACUAUCUUCGCAAAUUCCUGCUACUCCAGAAGCCUAUUCCUCAGAGAUGCAGAAGGUGAAGGAUCUCCAAUAUGCCCUAAAUUACUCAAAGAGAACACUUGUCAGGUAUUUAGACCAUGGGCCCUUGAAAUUUCCAGCCAGAAUUACUCAAAUCCAGAAGGCAUUUAUGGCCAUCAAAGAGGAGGUCUCCAUGCUCCGGUACAGAGAAUCUAAUGAUGUUGGCUGGAGAAAUUUUAUUUAUCAAGACCAAAGCAUCAGCUGGAGCCUUGACAUUAUAUUAAAAUCUGCUGAUUACCUUUUAAACAAAUAUAAAGACUUGUUCGAUGAAAAUAUUGAGCAAUUAAGGAAGAUGGAACAUCAUGCAGAGAUUAGUCAUAAAGAUCUCUUGAGCAAAGACGAAAUCCCAUCAGUCCAUGGUGAACCAAGCUCUCUGGAUGCUGACAAAAGUUAUAAUCAGACAGACUCUCUAGUUUGUACACCUCAAGCCAAUUCCUAAUACUUUUAUAAACGAGCUAAGCUCGGAGCCUCUAAAGGAGACCUCCCAAAACCAGAGUUUAAUACCAACUGUAUGCAUUAAUAAAGAAGUACUAAGAGCUGAAAAUUGUCUGGAAUCGGAAGAGAGUAAGAUAAAUUUACAAAUUUGGUCUUCAUCAGCUAUAAAUUUGAAAGUUCAGAAGAAGAAAUUUAAAAAUAUGAAAGUAUCUUCUUUUAAAAUUGAUGCUAUGAAAGAUAUAAAAAUGCUGAAGAAAAUGCAUGGUAUCCCUCUUCCAGAGUUUUCUUGAGUUAAAAUUCAAAAUUAUAAUAAAAAUAGAAAUUAUGCAAGAAAUUUUAUGGAAAGCAUUAAUCCCACAAAAUUAAGUACACUGGAAUUAGGAUCCAAAGGAUUGAAGAGUAUUCAUCAAUUUAUGCCGAUGAUAGCCAGAAGUAGUCACAUUGCUAAAACAGAGAUUUGCUUUAGAAAUUAUAAUAUCAAUGAAUCUCAACUCAAGAGAAUAUUUGCUGCCAAUAAACUAAAAUUUAAUUGCACAUUUGAAGGCUGCAUAAUAUUUCUGCCUACAGUUCUUGACCUUUCCAUUUGACUCAAAGGAACAAAGAUAAAAUAUCUUAAUUUCCAGGGAAGGCGCCAAAAUCUACUUAUGCACUGGGAAGAGAACCCAAAAGAGCUUGAGAACUUCGUGCAUGCCAUAUCAAAAUCAGAUUUGAGACUUACAUUAGAAAAAAUCAAAUUAAGUUUGAACCUUUCUGUAAAGAGCCUUUUCCAAAAAAUAUUGAGAAAAUACAACCUGAAUCAUGUUAUAGUCGCCGUAAUCUAAUAUUAAGG